AUGGAGGAAGUUACCCGUUCACACUCGACAAACGAGCCUGAAAAGGGGCUGCGGGCUCUAGUAGAGGGAACCACUGGUGGCACUGAUAUAUCGAAUGUUCACUAUGAGACGCAACUCCCGCCCAUGGAUGGUGGAAUGAAUGCCUGGUUGUUCCUCGCUGCAUGCUUCGUUAUGGAGGCUCUCGUCUGGGGGUUUGCCUUCACCUUUGGUGUCUUCCAAGCCUAUUACAGCGACAUAUCCCAAUUCAAGGACUCUGGUAAUAUUGCCGUCAUCGGGACCUGCGCUAUGGUAAAAUUGAACGUUUCAUGUUCCAACCCGACGCGAGCUAACUUCUAUCCGCAGGGAAUCAUGUACCUCGACCUCCCUCUUGUGUUCGCCGCCUACAGACAAUGGCCCAAAUAUCAACGCUUUGGCUGCGGCCUAGGUGUGCUAUUAAUGUGUGCGGCUCUCGGCCUGAGCUCCCUCGCCACAAACACCAACCACCUCGUCGUAACUCAAGGAAUCUUCUAUGCGCUCGGCGGCAGCAUCGCCUACGCCCCAUGUAUUCUCCUAAUGGAAGAGUGGUUUGACCGACGAAAGGGCCUUGCCUUUGGUGUCAUGUGGGCCGGCACUGGAAUCGGCGGUGUCGUUCUCCCUAUCGUCAUGGAACAGCUGUUGGGCAAGUACGGGUUCCGGAUUACCUUACGUGGCUUUGCAGUCGUGUUGUUUAUUCUCACCGCACCGCUGGUCUACUUCGUCAAACCGCGUGUUCCAAUCGCAGAUAACCGACCCAGUCCACCUGCCCCGAACUUCCGGUUCAUGUUCACGUCCACCUUUGCCAUCUUCGAGUUUUGCAAUACUGUCGAGGCGCUCGGUUUUUUCUUGCCGUCUAUCUACCUCCCGACUUACGCAGGCAUGAUCGGUGCCUCAACUUCCCUCCAAGCACUGACUGUUAUACUCUUCAACUUGGCCUCCGUCGUCGGCUGCGUACUUAUGGGCGCCAUUAUCGACAAACUCGACGUGACGCUUUGCAUCCUCAUUUCAACUGUCGGAUCCUCUAUCGGCGUUUUCCUCAUCUGGGGCUUCUCCGUGUCCCUUGCUCCUCUGUUCAUCUUCUCGAUUGUAUACGGUCUUUUCGCAGGCUCAUACACCAGUACCUGGCCUGGUAUUAUGCGCGAGGUGGUCCACAAAAAGCCCUCGGCUGAAUCAAGCAUGGUCUUUGCCUGUCUUGCGGCCGGAAGGGGCGUCGGGAAUUUGGUUUCCGGGCCCCUUAGUGAGGGUCUUAUCAAGGGGUUGCCGUGGGAGGGGAAUGCCGGGUACGGGUAUGGGAGUGGAUAUGGAACCUUGAUUGCUUUCACAGGCGUUACAGGCGUUGUGGGUGGUGGAAGUUAUGCUGCAAGGCGUAUGAAGUGGUUGUAA